AAUUCAGUUUUUCCUCCCUUCCCCUCUCUCUUGCCCUUUAAGUUUCGCCAUACUAAGAACCCUUAUCAAGUUGAACUGUAAGCUAGUCAUAGCCAACAGCAAACAUACACCACACACAUUACUGAAGAGCCUGAUUCUACUGGAUAGACAGGCACGCAUUUCACAGGAAGGCACAGGGUUCAUAGAGACGUGCUCAGUAACACAGAGGUUUUGGAAGCCAGAAGCACAGACAAGUAUAUCACAGUGAUAUAUGGUGGAUACAUAGUAGAGAGACAUACAUAAAUUAAAUAGAAAAGAAAUACAGAUAUAUGGAAAGAUACACUCAUGCAUAUUUCUAAAUUGACUCAAGAGCCACAGUAUUGAACACAAACCGGAAUCACCAUCUAUAUGACUUGUGGACAAGCCAAUAUUUCGCCAGAAUGGAGCAGCUCAUUUCUCAGGAGGUGGAACAGAUGCUGCUGGAGUUUCAGUUACAGGAAGAAGACUUACAAGUUCUGAUGUGCAGAAUGCAGACUGAGAUGGAAAGGGGACUUCACCUGGAAACCAAUGAGGAGGCUAGCGUUAAAAUGUUACCUACCUAUGUGCGUUCCACUCCUGAUGGUUCAGAGGUGGGUGAUUUCUUGGCGUUGGAUCUUGGUGGCACCAACUUCCGUGUCAUGUUGGUGAAAGUUGGAGAAGAUCUAGACGGACAGUGGAAAGUGGAGACAAAGCACAAAAUGUAUUCAAUCUCUGAGGAUGCCAUGACAGGGACCGCUGAGAUGCUCUUUGAUUACAUUGCAGAGUGUAUUUCUGAUUACCUGGACCAGCAAAAUAUGAAACAUAAGAAACUGCCCCUUGGGUUUACCUUCUCCUUCCCCGUCAGACAUGAGGACAUUGACAAGGGGAUUCUUUUGAAUUGGACCAAAGGAUUUAAAGCAUCUGGAGCAGAGGGAAACAAUGUGGUUGGUCUUCUAAGGGAUGCAAUCAAAAGACGAGGGGAUUUUGAAAUGGAUGUGGUUGCCAUGGUUAAUGACACAGUUGCUACAAUGAUCUCGUGUUACUAUGAAGACCAUCGUUGUGAAGUUGGCAUGAUAGUUGGAACCGGCUGCAAUGCCUGUUACAUGGAGGAAAUGUGUAAUGUGGAGCUGGUGGAAGGAGAGGAGGGUCGCAUGUGUGUCAACACUGAGUGGGGCGCAUUUGGGGAUACUGGAGAGCUGGAGGAUUUCCGACUAGAGUAUGAUCGAGUGGUGGACGAGGCCUCUGUAAAUCCCGGUCAGCAACUAUAUGAGAAAAUGAUUGGUGGGAAGUACAUUGGAGAGCUUGUGAGAUUAGUCCUAAUGAAAAUGGUAAACGAAGAUAUCCUGUUUGGAGGAGAAACAUCUGAAAAACUGAAGACCAGGUGGACCUUUGAAACACAGUUUGUGUCACAGAUUGAAGGAGACUCUUCGGAUUUUAAACAAACUUCUAACAUCUUGCGAACUCUUGGGGUGCAGCCAACCAUGAGUGAUUGUUACACUGUUCGCCUGGCAUGUGAAAGUGUGUCCACACGAGCCGCACUUGUGUGUGGAGCAGGUCUUGCCGCUGUACUUAACCGAAUACGCCAAAACCGCAGAGAGGAUCUACUGCGGAUUACUGUAGGGGUGGAUGGAUCAGUUUACAAAUUACACCCUUGCUUUAAAGACAAGUUUCAUGCUACAGUGCACAAAAUGACGCCGAACUGUGACAUUACAUUCAUCCAAUCUAAUGAGGGCAGUGGACGGGGUGCUGCUCUUAUAUCUGCUGUGGCAUACAAAAUGGCCUCUCUGAUUGGGCACUAACAAGGAUUCUAAUAUGUGUACCCACUACUCAACUUCUUCAGAUACCUACAGAGACAUCAAUAAAUUUCAAACAUCCCAUAGACCAACAGAGAAUAACAUCAAACCUUCAGAACAUUUCAAAGCUGUGACAUGCUUUCCAAGUCUACUCUCAAGCCUGUGGGCAUUAAGAACAUAUAGCAAGCCCUACUUAUUUUGCAGAUGCCCUACAUGGCAUGCUAAUGAACUGUAGAACAUCUGGAUGUUCAGUUACCAAGAGGCAAAUUGAGACCUUGACCAUAGUUAGGCUACGUAACUGACCUCAAAAGUCUGUGCAUAGCAAUCGUGAAAAUCUUUAAAUAACACAUUUCUUACUUUUCAUGAUUUUUUCCUGCUUCCUUAUUUACAUGAAUUCCUGAAACACUGAUCCUUCAAGGAAGGUUGAAAUUGAUCUACAAAAGAAAAUCCCAAAAUUAUUGGGACAAUGAUUUGUGUGGAUCAAAUAGAGUUUGAAGUCUUACAGUAGAUGUACUGUGGAGAAUGGGUGAAAGUGGCAGUUCAGUUUUAUCUACAUUUAUCAUUCCAUUUAUUGUUGCUUAUUCAGAAAGUGUCAGCAUAUUCUACAACACCAUGCAGAGAAGAAAACUUGGACUCAAGAAAAGACCACUGGUCAAAAGAGCUUGUGGUGUAGAAAAGGAGUGUUCAGUCUUUAACCACAAGCUGUUAUUGUACUAAAUUCACCAUCAUUUUUGCCCAGUCAAUUACUGGAAUUAUAGUCCAACAGUUAAAAGGCCAAAGUGCCACCACAAUGGUUUAGACGUUUUAAAACGUGUUGAUUUUCCCCACUACACUGACUAUUUAUCAGGUCUUUGAUCAGGUUUCAUUUUUUAAUGCUAAGCCUGAGGACCAAGUGAGAAACCUAUAUUUUGCAUGGCAAAAUGACUGGAGUACCGUAUGAUCUCUGUAGUUUAGGGAGCUCUGAGGAGUAGUCACUGUGUACACUUCUCCCUAUUCACCUCUACUAUCAAGAAUUAUAAUUUCUCAAGUAGCUGCUUAUAAUACUUACUACUCUGACAGCAGAAAUGAGUAGAAAAGAUAAGGAGAAAUACAGACAAGAUAUACAGUUUGCAGAUUAAACCUCAUAACCCAAGAUGCCUGCAGAGCUGACCAUCUCAUCUGUAAUAUGGAUAUGAUGAUAAUGUUACCCAACAGAAGCUAUCAUUAGGAGAAUGGAUUCACAAACAGUGAACUGGAAAUAUAAACACUGAGCAUUUACACAGCUUGAAAGCUGAUAUCACAAGCGUAGACUGGUAAUCUUUAAAUCAAUAGCUGAAGAAGGAAAUAAUUCAGUAUUAUAGCAAUAAAACAGAUGUCACAAACCAGUUGUCAAAGACUAAGCAGUUGUGCAGUGACAUCACAAAGGAGGCAAAGUCACAGGAAAAGACAUUACGUUGCAGGAAAUGAUUACAUUAGAGAAGGCUAUCACUGCAAUAUAUCAACAAAAGGUUUACAAUAAAUAGCAUGUGCCAUAACCUUAAACAACUUUGAAAUAUUAAUAUGUUCUUAAUUGCAGGGGGGAAAUCGUGCUCAUAAUACAUUUGAGACCAAAUCCUUUUCCGAUAUUUUUUGCACCAUGUUGAUUGUGUUAGUGUUUCAAACGAAUACAUCAGACAUGUGUAUAAGUACUGCGUGCGUAAACAAAGCUGAGUUUCAUAUUUGCAAAGAUAUUUGGUGCCAUAGGUGUAUUUUGCUGCUCACAUGGGAUCUCUUUACAGCAGUAUCUCCCCUUAGCCUAAAGUUACACAGUCACUUCUGUGGAAAUCACACCAUUGAAUAAAACUGUGAAAAUCACCUAUAAUUUGUAUUUUUCAUGUGAGGCUCCAUUUUCUUGUAUAAGAAAUGUUAAUAAAAGUUUAUUAAACAUUAGCAACUGACAUCACAAUCCAGUUCAAGCUCAGUCCGGGGCAGAAAUAUCAAUGGAGUAGAAGAAACAGAAAAAGUGUUGAGCAGAGCUUCCAAUCAAUGUUGUAAGCUCUGCUCUUUGCACUUAACUCCGUGCUGACUGAUAAGUGCAAAGAGCAGAACAAUGAUUGACAGGGAUCCAAGAAGGAGUCACGCAGUUCCAAGAUGCAGCACUGUGAAUCUUUUUGUUUAAUUGAACAUUUUACACCUCAAAACAAAUAUUUGUCAAAUAUAUGUGAUAUGUAAACAAAAUAUCCAAACCUCUGGCAAGUGUUAGUUCUCUUUAAGAAAACUAUACAAACCACAAACUAAACAUGCACAAUAGGAGAGCUGUUUUCUUUCUCCUAACAUUUAGUUUCAGUUGAUUGGACACACAAGUUGUCCUUUGCAGUAAAUUAACUAGGCAGUCACCUCAGUGUUACUGUGACCCCAAGCAUUGGUGUUUUGGAGAGGCCUCCAUGACUCUAACACAGUGUUGUGCUAAACCUUUGGUGUUAAAGAUUGCUGUGCACAUACAAACAGUUUAACACUAUUUAAAUGUUUUUGCCACUUUGUGGGGAUUGUACCAUUUCUCAGAUUAAUUAAAACAAAGGGGACACACUGCCAACUAUACCUCUUAUAGAUUAUGCUGCUUAAAUUACUGAGCUCUACCAAGCUCUAACAUGUAUAUAUGCUUAUAUGUGACACAUAUACCUUAUUAUAUGUGUUAAGUCAUUUUAUGACAAGAACUUUAGUUUUGGUUAAGGAUAAGAGGCCUCACUACAGUUUACCUGCAAAAACAGUUCAUAGGGUAAAAUGUACUGCCCACCUGACCAAGACGCUGAACUAUAUUUCCCAUAAUUCUCUGCUAGCAGAGCAUUAUAGAGCUGUAGUACAAAAACAGCUAGGGGAUCUAUGUUUUUGUUGUGUAAUAUUGGUGUUGUGACAGCAUAUCCUGUCUAAUU